GUGUGUUUUUGUUGUCUGCUAGGUUCGUAAAAUGUUGGGCAGAUUUUGCAAAAUAACACAAGAAAUAGCAAUCCAGGCGAAAUACUACCGAUCUUCCUUUCUUCAAAAGAGAUGGAAUCACAUUAUCAAGGCCCAAGAUGCUCGCGAAAUUCAAGUGCCUCUGCCGCAUGGGAUAAUAGCUGGCAAAGAAUGGGGCAGUGUAGAAGGGUACCCAAUAUUGUGUCUUCAUGGAUUUGCAGAUAACUGUGAUUCAUUUGCACCGCUUGCUCCUUUACUCUCAGAAAAAUUUCGUUACAUAGCUGUGGAUGCAUUUGGACAUGGACUUACUACUCACGUCCCCCCAGGAUCACCCAUGAAUUAUUGGGAAAAAGUGAUUUAUAUCAAGAGAGUGGUUGACCAUUUCAAGCUAGAAAAAUGUUCCAUUAUCGGUCACAGCAUGGGAGGUUCAACAGGGUUCCUUAUCGCUUCUCUAUAUCCAGAUUUGGUUGAUCGCUUACUCACACUAGAUAUUAUCAAACCAGUCUCUGUGCCCUUAGCGUGGCAUACUCAGGACAUCACUGAAGCCAUAGAUCUGCAUCUCGAAAUGGAAAGGAAAUCUCAGGAUCCCAAGAAUCAAAAGAGUUUCACUCAGGAACAGUUGGUCAAUCGUUAUGUGGAAGCCAUGGGUGGGACAAUCUACCCAGAAGCUGUCCGUGUUCUGAUGAAGAGAGGUUCCAAAGCAUCUGGCAGUGGAUUUGUCUUCUCCCACGAUCCCAGAAUGAUGCUGCCUUCUAUUAUGCGUUUCGGGAUAGAGGAGCAACGUCAAAUAAUCAAAGGAAUUAGGUGCCAUUUAAAAAUUGUCAAAGCCAAGCAGGGUCCGCUGUACGAGCCAGUCAAAUACCUGGAAGAAUUCAAAGCCAUUUACCAACGACAAUGCGCCUCUUACGAAUAUGACGAAUCGGUCGACGGCACCCAUCACUUUCACAUGCAUCAUCCAGAACGAGUAGCACCCAUCAUCAACGAGUACUUUUCUCGAUUGUGAAAAAGAAGAAGAAAAAAACGCUUCACGGCGAUUCUUUUAUUCACGCCAAAAAAUUUCCAUGUAAAUGUAGACAAGAAAUAAAUAAAAUAAACUAUCGUUUGA